AUGAGGCACAAGGGUGCACUAAUUAGCAUCCUUGAAAAUAAGAAGAAAAAGACAAACAAGCCUCCAGGGAUUAGGUUCAGAUGGAGACAAAGGGAUGAGAGAGGACAGAUUGUUUCUCAAACCAGGAAGGCAACUACAUCCACUUCUUUUGCUCCAAGGGCCAGUACAUCAAGAGCCAGACUAGUGCAACAUUUAGGGCCAGUCACUGAGGAAGAAUCAGAGACGAGUACCAGUGGAUUGGAAUCCACUCCAGUUUUAAACAUUGAUGAAGAAAUAUCAAUACUUCAUAGAGAAAUUAACAUCCUCCUAGCUGACUUAGAAGACCCUGAGUGUUCAAAUCCUGCUGUGCCUGGUGCAUCACACAGUUGGAGUGUGAGGAAGGAACUCUCACAGGAUAGGUGGAGGGAGUCCAGGCCUGAGAUUGUAGAUUCUCUGCUGGCUGCAGAGCAUGCUUCUCAGAAGAUCUGUCAGUCAUGCAAUGUGAAAAGGGCUAUUCUGCGAUGUAGAGACUGUCUGCCGAAACAGCUUUACUGCGAAGACUGCGAUGUCUCUACACAUGCAAAGUUCCCCCUGCACAACAGAGAGUCCAUGAUCGAGGGGUUCUACACGCCCCUUCCUCCAACUACAGCCAUAUCCCUCCACAGUGAUGGGAAAUAUGCACUUCAUGAACAGGAUUGUUUCUUACCAUUGGAUGUACCAGAGGUGAUAUGUGGUUGCCUGACAAGCACCAUCCAUGUUGGCCCUGGGAAACAUAUCAUCCUCGUAGGAAUAAAUGGUCGCUACAAUGUCACAGUGCCUGUGCUUACCUGCACAACUUGUCUUAGCACCUGGACAGCAAACCUGGCAGAUCUGAUAAAGAAUGGGUACUGGCCUGCCACUGUCAACUGUGACACCAUAUACCAGGUAGAUCUGUUCAGCUCUUUUGAGGAGCUGAAAGUGUCAGCCCCAGGAAUGUCCCGUCUGGCGUUUAUGCGGAUUUUGGAGCAGCGAACUGACUACUUUGGCAGGAACGGAAUGAUCUGUGGGGACACUUUUCAAAAAAGCUUCUUUGAGUGGACGUACUCCAUGGCCACCAGGGGACUACGGACAGCUACUGUUAGCUAGUGCAGCAGAAAUGCAGGGUAUACCCUGGCGAGUUCAGAAGCACGGCAGUGGAGACUGGAGAGUGUCACUAACAACAAAAACGAAGACCACAAAAUGAUUUUUGCCUACUGUAAACAUUGGCAUUUCAAAUCACAUUAUGACUGUGAUUUUCAACCAUCUGACCUACUACUGUCUGAUUCAUAUAGCCUGAUUUUUUUGUGUUUGUUCUUUAUUAUAUCAACUGAUUGCUUCUGUAUGGGGUGCUUUGGCUGAAAGACCAACACGUUUGAUCUGGAGAAAAAAAGACUAUUAAACUAGCAAAUUAACUGUCUUUAGUAAAUAUCAUUGUAUCUACUCCAUAAGAUAAUCAGCUAUGUGCAUUGUGUUAUAGAAAUAGGCAGACUAAAGGUCAAAAAUGAGAGUGAAAUUAAACAUAAAUAUUUAAUAACAUAGUGAAAUGAAUCAAUACAAACAUAAAAGACAAAAAUACUCGACUACUUUAAUACACAUAAGUGAAUUUAUCACAAUACUUUUGUUCCCCCAAAAUGGGGGGGCUAUGUACAAAAUGUGCUGUAAUUUCUAAACGGUUCACCAGAUAUGGAUGAAAAUACACUCAAAUAAAAGCUGAUCGUCUGCACUAACCUCAUAGUGUUUGUAUAAUUUCAAAUACAGUUCAGGA